GCUACACAGUGCACAAUCUCAACGAAACAUGCAGCAACUACCAGGCCGCCUCAUGAGGCCUGUCUAUCUCUCUUCCUUAUCAGCAAUCACCGCCUCCACCUCUACGCUUCGCCAUUUUGCUUCUGCUUCUUCUCACCUCAAAGGUGUUGCAAAGGUUGUUCUUAAAAAGGGGAAGACACAACUCUUUAAGGAUGGCAACCCAAUGGUCUACAGUGGUGCAGUUGAUAGAAUCAUUGGUAGGCCACCACCUAAGACUGGAGAUAUCGUGCUGGUAGCUGAUGGGACAGAGAAACCUAUUGGAUGGGGCUUGUAUAAUUCAGUAUCUAUGUUUUGUGUUCGGCUCAUGCAGCUAGAAGAGGAAGCAGCGAGAGAUCCUUCUUGCGCCCUGAACAUGGAGAAGCUGCUUGAAACAAGAAUUGAUGCAGCUAUAGAAUUACGUCAAAGAUUGGGGCUUCCUUCAGCCAAUACCAAUGCAUAUCGUCUUGUUAACAGUGAAGGUGACAGACUUUCAGGAUUGAUUGUUGAUAUCUUUGGAGAUUUGGCAGUGAUAGCAUCAUCUGCUGCUUGGGUUGAGAAGUACAAACCGCAGAUAGAAGCUUGCAUUGGUAGAAUUGAUGAAAUUAAUCAUUUAAAAUGGAGACCGGCAAUUGAAAUUUUAAAAGAAGAAGGAAUGGAUGCAUCAGAUCUCAAAGAUGUACACCCCUCUACUUGUCCUCAAAGAACAAAGGUCAUGGAAAAUGGGAUAUUUUUUUCUAUCUCACUUGAGGGCCAAAAGACAGGAUUCUAUGCUGAUCAACGUGAGAAUCGUCAGUUCAUAUCAACAAUUUCAGAUGGUCAGAAUGUUCUUGAUAUUUGCUGCUACAGUGGUGGUUUUGCUCUCAGUGCAGCGAGGGGAGGUGCUGUUAAUGUCACUGGUAUGUCUUCACUGCUACCAAAUGCUCCUUUCUCUUUGUUUAGCCACUAAUAUUCGUAGGAGCCUUUCCCCACCACUUAAUUCCUUGUAUUGGGUUACCAAAAUUCGUACUGCUGCCUUUGUCAAUUAAACACACACUUGGACGGACAAUAAGAUACAUAAAUAAUGGCUGAUAGAUGAUGUAAAUUGUUUCUUGGGACUUCUAUGGAAAACUAGUAAUUGUGACUAAUGGAAUUUCUUAUGAAAAGAUGCUUUUUUGUUCAAAAUUUGUGAAUCAGAAUUGUCAGGACCAAGCAUUGGUGGGAAUGCAAUUUCUUCAAAGAUUCUGCUUAUGAGCUUUAUCUAUCACUUACAAUAUUUGUAAGUUUUAUGUACUAGUGUUAUGGGAUCAAUGGAUCAUAGAACAAGCUACAGCCCUGCAUCAUGAACUGGUGGAAGGAAUAAACUAAAUAUUUUAGGCACAAUCCUAUAUAUUUGUCUUAUUUGUGUUGAAGGGAAGGGCUUUUUAUCUGAACAUCUCUAGGCAGAGUGGCAAGAGUAGGAAGAGUAGAGGAAAAGGAUUCAUGUGGCCAAUCCCAACGGCUUUUAAAACCUUCCCCUUGUGUUGAUUCAUCAUUGCCUGCUCUGGAGCUUGCUAGAGAAAAUAUUGUUCUUAACAGUAUGGAUCCAGGAAGAAUAUCAUUUCUAAAGGAAGAUGCAACUGAAUUCAUGAAAGGUGCUCUUUCUAGAAAUGAAACGUGGGAUAUGGUAAUACUGGAUCCUCCUAAGCUAGCGCCAAGUAGAAAGGUUCUACAUAGUGCAUCAGGCAUGUACAGAAAUUUAAACUCAUUAGCAAUGCAAUUGACAAAAAGAGGUGGCCUUCUCAUGACCUGCUCAUGUUCAGGAGCUAUGACACAGAGUGGGAUGUUCUUGCGAAUUCUCCAGGUAUCUGUUUUAUCCCGGCUUUAGAAUGGCAUCAUGAAUACAGUAGUUGUUUUGCUAGUCAUGACCCAAAAAAAUCUCCUUUUUCAAGCUUUUUGGUACUCCUCUUCUUUACAGGGUGCUCAUGUAUUUUGCUUCCA